GCGCGACCCUUCGUCACGACGAAGAACUACGACACCGGGCUGAACUUCGGCCCGCUGCGGAUCUUCAAGAAGAUCAGUUCGAUCUACCUGUUUUUUACGUUCUUCCUCACACACUUCAGCGACGCCUGUGGCGUCUCCUUCUACUCCUACUCCCAGGACUACGAGACGAUGGCGACAGGUGGUGGUGCAGACUGGAAGCUCCCGAAUUCACUUCCUGAGUUCACCAGGUAUGUUCCUCCUGGCUGGAAGCCGGGCAUGCCAGACUACACGUUCAAGCACUUCCUCGAACGUCUUCAUCUCUGGUGGCGUAUCACGCCCAUUACUGAAGAGGAGGCCGGCCCGCUCGUUGCAAGUCGGCUUCUCGACAAGGCGUUCGAGGUGGCCAUGAGCUUGAAGGUGACUCGCAACGGCGUGGUCAUCAGUGGCGAUGCGGCUCUGGCCCUCGGCAAGGAAGAUGCAGUGCUGGACCCCGCCGGAGUAGAGCUGCACCCUGCCAGUCCAGCGGGAAUUGGUCACCUCAUUGCGAAGCUCACGGAUGCGUUCGAGAUUCACGAUCAGGACAGGCAGGGUGAGAUCCUGGACAAGUUCUGGGAUACACGACGCGUAUCCUCCUCACUGCAAGACUACCUCCUCAACUUCAAGCAGAGGUUCCAGGAGGCUGAGAGCAAGGCAGGAUUGCAGUUGAACUCGACAGGCCUCACGCACAUCCUAUUCAAGUGGAGCGGCCUUCCGGCCAGAAGAAUUGCAGAUAUCAAGCUUCAUCACAAUGGAGACCUUACGAAGUUCAACGAGAUCUACAGUAUGACCAGUCGGAUCGCCAAACAAGAAAUGGCAGCAGGCGGUGGACAUCACUCAGGACACUACGGAGCGUUUGAAGAUAUGGAGCUGAACGAUGAUGACUACAAUAUUUCUUUCUAUCAAGAUGAAGAUCAAGAAGAAUAUAUCGACUUUGUAUUCGACGAAGACACGGACCUUCAUUAUCGAGAAUAUGCGACGGAACAUGGAGAAUGGCGAUAUGGCGCCUAUGACAGCUACUGGAAUUGGUACGAUCAAGAUGAGAUAGAACAAUACCUCGACGAGCUUGACCUCGAAGAAGCAUAUCAGAUGAGCGGCUUCAGAACAAAUGGCAUCGCGAUCAAGAUUGUCCAGUUGGCCUUCGUGAUCGCAAAGGAGACAGCGGCGGCAAAACGGGAGCGGGCUGAUGACGGACCUCCUGUUCAGAAAACAAGCUUCAGCGACAUGGUGAAGCCGAUGAGCACCAAGACGAACAUGAACACUGGCAGCAUCAGCGGCAUCAACAGCUCAUCACAGCUCUCACCAGGAUCAUCAACCUUUCAGCUUCCAGAGAAGCCGGUCAGAGCUCAGACGGACACCUCCUGGCAGCACGACACGGAUAACGAUGUGACCCACUCGGGUGUCAACAAAGGUUCUCUAUCUGACCUCUGGAAGCCGCAUACCAGCCUCUUUGCGAUCAACAACGCGUGCUACCCAGCAUCGAAGGCAAAGGACGAGGAGAUGAUACUCAUGACCAGCGUACGCGGAAAGCAGCGUCUCGGUCUGAUCGUGGACCCAGGCGCGUCGAGAGGCCUGGGCGGUACCGAGACAGUACGAGAAAUAUGCGAUCACCUGUUGUGGCCAAAAGGUCAAGAUAUCACACUGAAGGACUCGCACUCGAAGUUGUCAGGUAUCGAUGGCAAGCCCAGUCCCUCGCUCGGCCUCGGCACGAUUCCGCUCAAUUUGAAGGCAUUGCCCAGGAGCUCGUUCACCAUGGAUCUCCUGGGAGGUUCAGGCUCUAAAUGCCCGUGCCUUCUUCCGAACGAGUCGAUCAUCGAGCACGCCGGGUCCAUGUACGCCAACGUUCUGCCAAACAAAGAUGGAGUUCUGGUUAUCAAUCAUAUCGGAGCUAUGGGCAGAAAGGUUGCACCUACCUCGUUCCUGCGUAUCUUGUACACGGACUCGGGCCACUAUCUUCUGCCUAUCGACGACCCUCUUGCCAAUACCGGCGAAGAAGCGACAAUAUUGCGACAAGCGGUAAAGGACUACAUGGAGUUCAUCUUCGACACCAACAUGACCACCAAGACUGGCAAUAUCAAGCAGACAAAGCAGAUCUACAUGGAGGUCGACCUCGUCAUGCUGCCGGAGUUGGUGGCUUUUCCAGUGGAUUAUCGAUACGGAUGGAACUUAGCGGAUGCCGAUCAUCAGAAUAUCCUCACAGCCGUAAGGAGGACACUAGGCAUCAAGACCUCUUGGUGGGCUCCUACCUGUACACCAUGGUCUCAGGCCUCGAAGGGCGAUGCAGACAAGCGCGAAGCUGAACGACAGACCCAGAAAGCUACACUAGACUGGUGUGUUGGUGAUAUUCAGACAGGUCAGCGACGCGGAGAACACUCAGCACUGGAGAACCCCAACACCAGCGAGAUCUGGGACAAGUCGGUGUUUCAGGCUCUACCGGGUCUCGGCCUGCGAUCGUACGUGGGAGAUCACUGCCCCUUUGGAGCCGUGAAUGAGAUUGGUGAACCCAUUCGCAAGCGAACACGGUACAUGAGCACCUUCGGCCUUCGCGGAGCGGUCUACCCCAAAUUGUUGCGUGACGCAAUCGGCAAGGACAUCAUGAAGCUCAUCGGACAGGCCACUACAGAGUACCACGCGAUGCCUGAUGAUGACAACGAUGACGUCACAACAUAUUGGGCGUGUCCGAGGUGCAAGCACGGCAAGCAGACCACGGAGGUUGCAUUGGAGCCAGUCACUACCAGCAACGUGGACCAGGCACCGGCGAUCGCGCCGGAGAAGUCAGCCUCAGCUUCUGCGUCUCCUUCAGCCUCGGUGGAGCCAAAGAUCGCGAAGAAGGAAUGGUAUGACGUCAAGCCCAGCUUCAACCUUGCGAACCUCUUGAAGAAACUGAAGGAAGCAGAGGCGCGCAAGGACUGCCGGGACUUCAUGCCUCUAGCCACGAAGCCUCAAGUCGGCAUCACGAUGGCAGUACACUUCAACCAGCGGAUCCAGAUGGACCUAUUCUUCCAAUGGGAUCAGUGUUUCAUCCUCGUCAUCGAUGAGUUCAGCAAGUACAAGGUCGCCGACUUCCUCAAGGACAGGACCGCUGAGGAGAUCCUCUCAACGGUGCUUCGUUGCUGGAUCAGGUACUUCGGGCCGCCGAUCAGACUCAUCUUGGACCAGGAGGGCGGCAUGGUUUCUGAAUUGGCAUCGCGCAUGUGUGACAAAUUUCACAUCAGGCGUUCCUUCGCUGGCACCGAUGAUCAUACCAUGACGGGCCUGGUGGAACGAUGGAUUUCUCUCAUCAGGCUAUGCUCACUCAAGCUGAAGAAAAGCGCUCAGGCCCAGGGCCUGCAGGUAUCUCGAACUCGCUCGUAUCGCACUCGCCUGCAGGUAUCUGCGGCCAUGGUCUCGAACUCGCUCGUAUCUUACGGAGGCCAGACGGCGAAUCAGGUGGCGCUGGGAUUCACUCCUCGCGACUACUACGACAUGGAGGCCACUACCUUGGACUCCGUGACGCCAGCCGUGGACAGCUGUCCGGAUCCCUUCGAGUCGGCACUUCGAUUACGAAUGCAGGCCAAGAUUGCCAUGGCCAAGAGCUUGGUCGAAGAGCGCAUCGCAAGAUGCAACCGGACUCGGCAGCAGCAGACACCUCCUGGACAGCGACUUCAGCCUGGCGAACCUGUUGACAUCUAUCGUGUGCCAGAACGCAAGGAUCAGUCAGGAUGGAGAGGACCAGCGGAACUUGUCAAACUUUCUCAGGGAACUGGCAUAGUGGUCUGGAACGGUAUUCCCUACAUUCUGCCCACGAGGCACAUCAGACGACACGCCAUCAACCUGGAAAAAGUACCAAUCGGCGACGGCAAUCACUAUGCAUAUUUACUGAAGGACACGACGGACAGCUCUAACCUCACCAAGCUCAUGGACCUCGUCGACGGCACAGCCUACGGCCAGUACACCAGGAUCGGAAAAAUCUUCGACGGCAGUUCCAUGACUUGCUCACCUUCGGUAUCUCAGUUACGACUGGUCAAGCACUGGUGCCUGUGUCUUCAGAUAUACCAGCGAGUUUUCCAUUUGAAGAGCGUGAACGGCCUGUUGUACGGUAAAUCGGUCAGACGCACUCCGGCACUGGAUCGGAUGUAUGAUGGAUGGCUCGUCACUUGGCCUCGUUCGAAUAAGACGAAAUACUUGGCACAGGAAGUACGACCAGACAAAGGAAUAAACAUCACGGACUUUUCGAGCGACGCAUGGGAUGUUACUUCUUUCUUCCUUAUGUAUCGGACUGAGUUGCCGGUGAACCCCUUUCUCGACGAUUACGAAAUACCAGACACGGACGAUCUCGGCAACAUCGAGGUCUGGCCAGAGAGCAUGAGAGACAUCGAUCAGGACAUCCGCGACAUG